ACUCUGUAGUUUCAACAUGAAGCGCUUUGUGUGCCUGCUGCUUCUGGGUCUUUCCUCUCUGUCUGUGGCCGAUUGUGCUGCUGAUGGAGAUGGAUACUUCAUGUACGCUGACUUCUGGUGUGCCAUCGAGCAGACACAAGUAGAGUAUCUGGUGGACUGGUAUUUUAACAAAGAGUUUACGAUGCAGUACAACAGCACGGUCGGGAACUGGACGGGCUUCACUCCAGCUGGAUUCAUCACUGCGUCUCUGUUAAAUGAAGACAAGCAAGAUGCUAUACAGAGAAAAGUGGAGAGGCAACUGAUAUGUGUCGACAACGUCGGUAUAUUAAUUAACACAACUGAGGAAAACAUAGCUGAACCCAGCGUCACUCUCGCAGAGACCACCAGCUACGGCCAUGACGGCACCAUGCUGGUGUGCAGCGCUUAUGACUUCUACCCCAGAUUUAUCAGGGUGACGUGGUACCAGAACGGACAGGAAGUGACCUCGGGCGUGACCAUAAGCGAGGUCAUGUCCAACGGGGACUGGACCUAUCAGGUCCACUCUUACCUGGAGUACACACCUGGAGGACAGGACAGAGUCAGCUGUAUGGUGGAGCAUGCAAGCCUCAGGGAGCCCAAGAUUUAUGAGUGGGGUAGUCAGUCUGAGAGGAGUUACCUUAUUGGUGGAGUUUGUGCUCUACUGUUGGGAGCAGUGUUUCUGUCCUUGGGACUGAUCCAGUACAGGAAGAAACGCUGUGACCCGCGAUGUUGAAACCCUUUAUAAUCCAGUAAAUAACCUGUUACAUCAGGCAGGGAUCUGGACCUCAUUUUCAUCCAAUUCAAAAAAAGAAAUGAAACCUUUUUAUAUAUGCACAUUUAAAACAAACAAUGCUGUAUAUUUUGCUGUGGAAGUGAACUGAAAAUGGUCAGAAGAACAUCAAAAUCAAUGCUAUAUACAGGCAGCCAGUUAUUUAUUAUUCACAGUGCAUGUAGAUGUUUCUUCUGAAAGAGCCACUUUUUCUGAAUAGCUUUUGAUCAGUAGCUAUAUAGUAACUCAUAGCUUCUCUAGCUAGCCCUCUCGCUUACUGUAGCUUCACCAACACUGACAGUAAUAUUUGUUAGACUUAAGACCUGAGUAUUUUAACAAUGGACCAAUCAAUCGUUGGCUCUGUGCAAGACUAGUCUACAUCCAUGCAGCUCUGUUAGGCUCUACGGUGCUUUGAGCUAAAUUCUGACAGUGACAACUCUAAAACGCUGAUUUCAUUAGUUGAGCUGGUAUUUGGUGAUAAAGAAAUGUACUGGUAAAGAUUAGGAUGAUGCUAGAUGAAAGGAAAUCACCAAAGUCAGUAGGAAUCAACACCUAACCACGAAUGUGAGUACAAAAUGUCAGAUGGCCAAUCCAUUUGAUAGACGCAGAGAUCAUUUAAAGGCUAAGUUUAAACUCUGACCUGCUGAUGGCGCUACAUGAAAAGUCAUUGGAUGACAAAAAGUAAUUGGUAUUCAUCAUCUACGGAUCAUCAAUUAUUGUACCAAACUUCAUGGUGAUCCAUCUCACAGUUGUUGAGAUAAUUCACUCUGGACUGAAAACACUGGACUGAGCUCCCUGCAACCCUCCAGUGGUUCCAUCCCAGCGUCACCACGGUUACACACACAGGACAGAGAGAAGAGAUAUAUGUGUCAGGGAACCUCCGUCUCCAUGACGACGGUAAACAGGUCUUUCAGUGUGGCUUACACACAGGUGAAACAUUAGCCGCACAGAGAGAAAGAAACCACACACACGCACACACACACGCACACACACUGGUCAGGACAGAUGGCGGAUUCACAGCGAACAUCUGAACCCAUCAACUUUGUGCAUCAGGAUGAAAUCUGGUAAAUCUGCUAACUUUUACUUUUCUCACCGCUGUGUGUCAUUUGUGUUUUAUUUAAAUCACUCUUUUUGAAAAGGGGCUUAAGCAUUUGGAAAGAUGUUCUCAGUAUUGGUGGAGGUCAUUCAUGUGCACUGGAUGUUUAAUAUUACUGAAUAUUAUCUUCUGAUAUUUGUCUUGUUUUAAAACAUAUAAUGAUAUAUUCCAGUCUUUCUGUAGGCCUAUGCUUGUUGUGAAUGAGUAGUAUCAUUAUUACUGUUAUUACUGUUGUUCUUACCAUUGCUAAUAUUACUGGUAGUCUUGUUACCAUCCUUAUUAUUAUUUUGAAUCCUCCCCUUGUUCCUUUUCUUUUUAAUCUUCAUGUAAAGCACAUUGUGUUUCCCCCUCGGUGUGAAAUGCACUAUAUAGUAAAUACAGCAAGAACAGGUGUUUGUUUUAAUGAGAUUAAUUGAUUUGGUGUAGUUCUGCAGAAGAGAUAAAAUCAUAUGACACAAUGAGAAAAUGUCUUUUGUAAAAGUUUAAUUCUUUCAUAUGUAGUAAUAAUGAGAAAAAUAUGCCAAUACAUCAUAAAAGAUAUUGUGUUACAAUGUGAAAAUUGACAGUAUAUUGAGUUUUCUAUUGAAAGUAUUAAUGAAAUCAUUCCAUAAUUAUAUCAUAGGCUGUUGUUAUUAUUAUUCUCCUACAUGUUUCUGUGACUUCAUGCAGUCUCUUUAAUUUGGCAGCAUAUAUAUAUAUAUAUAUAUAAAUUAUGGUUUCAGCAACAUACUGCAGUAGGGGACAGAUCAGCCUUAUUUAGUCCAGCUCUUGCUGAUGUUGAGGUUUUCGGUUUAUAUUUUCUGCAAAUUUGAGGAGCACCUCGUUUAAACAAAGAUAAGGCAUUUAUCAUUUUGUUAGCAUUCAACAACCUCAGCUCUCCCAUGAGUCUUGCCAGAAUUGGACCUUCAUCUUUCUGGAUUUAAAUGAAGGUAACAUGAAGUUUUCGGAGUUUGCUUCGAGUUGAAAAGCACUGCAAGUAGUGGAGGCACCUGUUUCUGUUUCUGUUUCUUAUUGUGUGUGUGUGUGUGUGUGUGUGUGUGUAGGAAAGCACAUGUAAAAGUUGAGAAGGACUCAGCAGAAGUCUGGCCCAACAAAUGGGGUUUCCUGACUGAGACCUACAGAGAGUAUGAGAGGGAGAAUAUGAAGCUGAAGGAGGCGGUCAGAAUGAAGCUUCCCCAUCACCUGGCAGCACGACCUCCAACUCCUCCAGAAAAACCUAUCCAAGUGAGC